AUGACCACGCUCGAUCUCGGCGCUCGCGCGCGAGCCAUCGUCGCCGCUCCGAGCGACGACGCCUCGCACGGUGACGAGCGCGCUUUGCAGUCGAGCACGUUUUACGUCCCGACGAAUGCGCUGCGCGAGGCCAACGCCCUUCGCGUGAUCACCCUGAGCGCCGACACGCGCUCUCCGACGGUGUCACGCUCGGUUUCGUUGGAGCACAGAGCGUGCGAGGACAUCGAUGUCGACGCGAGCGGGUCCACGAUCGUCGUCGCGUACGAGCACGUGGGGUUGGAGACGCGCAGGACGAGAGGCGCGGCGACGGUGAGCGCGUCCACCGGGACGACGACGGAUCUUCGAUUAAACCCCGGAAUCUCGGCGAGCGAGGAGAGAGAGUUCGAGACGGUGAAGUGCGCGAAAUUUAACGCGAACACUGGGGGUUUGGCGACGGUGGAUGAGUUUAAGUUUCGGUCGUGGAGUCGGAGGGACGAUGGAGCGUUCGCGUGCGCGUCCGCGGGAGAGACGCGAUCGGACGGGACGCGAUCGGAGGUCAUGGGUGGGAUGAACACGACGCAGGACGGCGUUGGGACGGGAUCGUGGGACCCACACGGUGGGGAAUCGUUCGCGUGCGGCGUGGACGCGGACGUGGUGGUGUUCGACGCGCGAAGCGGCGGUCGGGCGCAAACAAUCGAGCGGGCGCACGUGCAGCAGACUCGCGACGUUCAACACAACCCGAAUCGCCCACACGAGAUGAUGACGUGCGGUGACGACGGGCUGCUCAAGUUUUGGGACGCGCGCGCGCACGAGCGCGCGCUGAAGGUUGUCUCUGGGCACGAACACUGGAUUUGGCGGUGCGCGUACAAUCCCGUGUACGACGCCUUGACGCUCACGGCGAGCUCCGACGGCACCACGCGCGUGUGGUGCGACGACGACGCACUUCCGAAUGAUUCCAAACCAUCCAAAGCGCGCCGCGAUCGGUCGAGUUCUGUUCGAUGCGUCGCCCGGCGGGUCGCGCGCGACUCCGUUUCCGUGCGCGCGUGCGCGUGGAGCUCCGCCGACCCGUGGACCCACGCCUCCGUCGCCGCCGACGGCCUCGUCACCUUCAACGACGUCCCUCGCGAGGAAAAGUACCGCAUUCUGCUCUAG